GAUUUUAUUCCGCCAAUUUGUUGCCGAACAGAAUUUGCCCGCAACUGAUUGCUGAUCCCUUCUCAGAAUUAGCAACAGAAAUGUUCCCUGACUCAAAGAUUGCUUCGGGUCGACUCCAGUCUGUUGCUGAAGCUUAUUCAGCUCCUUGGCCAGGCCGUGUGUGAUAUCGGCGAAAGUUUUGGACACUGUAACGUCAACGCCGCAGCGUGUAGUUGCCGAACAUCAGGCCAUGGCGUUUAACAGGACUGCCACUGAAGGCCGCGGGGCAACGGGGACUCGGUGGCGGCGGUUGCUGCCUUUACUGGUGUUGAGCUUGUCGGUGUGCGGGUACGUGUGUCGAGCAUCUUCGUCGCCUCUGGAGCAGCAGCAGGAGGAGGAGGAGGAAAGUGCCAUGGAGAACAUUGUCACGGAGAAGAAAGCUGAGGAGAGCCACCGGCAGGACAGCGCUGACCUGCUCAUCUUCAUCCUGCUCCUCACACUCACAAUAUUGACCAUUUGGUUGUUUAAGCACCGCCGGUUCCGCUUCCUGCACGAAACUGGGCUGGCGAUGAUUUAUGGUUUACUUGUAGGUGUAGUGCUGCGCUACGGCAUCCAUGUCCCGCGGGAUGUCAGCAACGUCACGUUGAGCUGUCCCGUCAACGCCAGCCCUGCCACGCUGCUGGUUCAAUCCCGAGGCAAGUUCUACGAAUACACGCUGAAGGGCGAGAUAAGCGCCAGCGAAGUGGACGAUGUGCAGGAUAAUGAGAUGCUGAGGAAGGUGACGUUUGACCCCGAAGUCUUCUUUAACAUUCUCCUGCCGCCCAUCAUCUUCCACGCCGGAUACAGCCUGAAACGGAGACACUUUUUCCGGAAUAUGGGUUCCAUACUGGCUUAUGCCUUUUUGGGGACUGUGGUUUCGUGUUUUGUCAUAGGGUUGUUGAUGUACGGCUGCGUAAUGCUGAUGAAGCAGAUGGGACAAUUGGGUGGAGAAUUCUUCUUCACCGACUGUCUGUUCUUCGGCGCAAUCGUGUCCGCAACUGACCCUGUGACAGUGCUGGCCAUCUUCAAUGAGCUACAGGUGGAUGUGGACUUGUAUGCGCUGCUCUUCGGCGAAAGCGUACUCAACGACGCCGUGGCUGUCGUCCUCUCCUCGUCCAUCGUGGCCUACCAGCCGGAGGGUGACAACAGCCACACCUUCGAGGUGGUGGCCAUGUUCAAGUCCUUUGGCAUGUUCCUCGGCGUCUUCAGUGGCUCCUUCGCUCUCGGCGUCGCCACUGGCGUCGUCACGGCUCUUGUGACUAAAUUCACCAAGUUGCGGGAUUUCCAGUUGCUUGAAACGGCCCUGUUUUUCCUCAUGUCGUGGAGCACCUUCCUAUUAGCCGAGGCUUGCGGUUUCACAGGCGUGGUGGCGGUGCUGUUCUGUGGAAUCACUCAAGCGCACUACACAUUCAACAACCUGUCUCCCGAGUCACAGGACCGCACAAAACAGCUGUUUGAGUUGUUGAACUUCCUGGCGGAAAACUUCAUCUUCUCCUACAUGGGUUUGACCCUGUUCACCUUCCAGAAUCACGUAUUUAACCCUAUGUUCAUCGUUGGGGCUUUUCUUGCAGUGUUCCUUGGCCGUGCGGCCAACAUCUACCCGCUGUCUUUUCUUCUCAAUCUGGGCAGACGCAACAAGAUUCGAUCCAAUUUCCAGCACAUGAUGAUGUUCGCGGGACUUCGGGGCGCCAUGACUUUCGCGCUAUCCAUCCGAGACACGGCCACCUAUGCGAGGCAGAUGAUGUUCUCCACUACGCUGCUCGUGGUCUUUUUCACCGUGUGGUUCUGCGGCGGCGGCACAACGCAAAUGUUGUCGUGCCAGCGAAUACGGGUGGGGGUGGAUUCGGACCAAGACAACUCUAUGAGUGUUGGCGAAGGUUCCGAGCGACGAAGUACCAAACAGGAAAGUGCCUGGCUUUUCCGGAUCUGGUACAAUUUUGACCACAACUACCUGAAGCCCAUCUUGACCCACAGCGGUCCCCCGCUCACGGCCACGCUGCCGGCCUGCUGCGGCCCUCUGGCCCGCUUCCUCACCAGCCCCCAGGCUUUUGAGAACGAAUGUCAGAUCAAGGACGAUGACUCGGACCUGAUCUUGACCGACGGCGAUGUCAACCUCAACUACGGCGACAUCACAGUCAGUACAGACGGUGCGCGCGACGACCCUGACCGCGAGUUGGCGUGCAGUGACCACGAACUGGUGAUGCGGGGAACGCGCCUGGUGCUGCCUAUGGAUGACUCGGAGCCGCCCUUCACGGAGCCCCGCUGCCGCUUGUGAAGGCACUGUGGUCCCUAGCUUUCUUCCCGCUACCUCAUGGCGCCGCCCGUCUUGUCCUAUUUAAUUUCUCACUUUGUUUUGCUGGCUUUUGACUCAAGUCAUUGGCUGCCAGGGACGGCGAUAGUUGCCUAGUCUAUUUUUUACUGGUAGAGGUUGGGAGCGAUUAUUCUAAAUUUAUCUUAUUGCUGUUACUAAAUCACCUUUGCAGGUUGGAGCCUUGUCAUGGACCUUUUUCUUAACUUCCAUUACAGGCCACGAUCACUGCCAGCCCCUCCCAGUCAGAAUGGAUUGGACGUCUGUCAUCGUCAAUGGCAGCCAAUGAGUUAAUGUAGCAUCGCUGAGCAUGCAUUGUGUAUGGCGAAUUAAUUUAGUACCCUGGUGUGCUCAUAAUGUCAAUUCAUUCAUUUUUGGCAAUAUUGUAGCGAUUGGUUGCAUGUAGAUUUCUUGACUUUUUAUUUGGAGCCAAAUACCAUUUGUGUUCAAAAUAACAGUUCGAAGUAAUGUUAAUCCUUUUUAGACGCCCAAUCCAUUUGGACUGGGAGUGUUGGCAGCGAUUAUUCGUCUGUCGCCAUCAAUGGCACUCAAAAAUGAUCAUUCAUGAGAGCCCCUCCCUCCGGCCUUGUGAGCAGCAGCUGUCUAGUAUGGACUGUUUUAACAGGAAGUGUUGAUAGGACGUCGCCUUGGCGACCGCCAUGUUGUCGUGGACCGCAGCCAGAAGACAAGCAUUAACAGUGUGUGUGUUUGUGUGUUGAGGGUAAAUGAGCUCAUUAUGUGUGCGCGUGUGUAUGUAGUGGGUGCAAUGUAGAUGGAAGGAAGAGGAAGGCCUUCCAAGUGUUAUCUUCUGCUGUGCAGGAACAUGAAACUGAUAGAAAGUAUUUUUUUGUUUUGUUUCUAUUUUAUGGCCCCGAUGCUUCGUGUGAAGAAAAAAAACAAUCCAGAGAAUUUGCCUUUUUUUCACUUCAUGCCAUUCCCUGUUUUUUUGGGGGGUGUUGUUGUAAAAGAAACCUUAUAUUUGCACUUCUUAAUAGGUCACUUUGCUGUUAUGUUGCCCUGAAUACUUAAAAGAA